CAGAAGAAAAACAGAAAACAAAACAUAUAGAAAUAUGGGUAAAAUUUUGAACGUGGUAUGCAUAAUGAUGAUGAUCAUAGCGGUGUUUGUUAUUGGAGGUGAAGCAAAAUCGGAGGCAGAAUGCAAUGUCAUUUGCCGUCCUCACUGCAAACCUUCAUCAUCAGCAGGAGAAUGUUCUGACUGUCACAAAGAUUGUAACCAAUCUCCACCAUCUGUGAGGACAAAGAUUCUGAAGAUUCAAAACAGCAACAAACAAUAUGAUUUACAUAACUAAUCUAUAACAUAUGCAAUGAUUAUAUUGAUGAAGAUUUAAUCCAGAU